AUUCAACGACUCGUCCACUUUUUCAUUUCGUUCAUGAUACAUUAAAACAAUUAGAAUUCUAAUUAUUGUCCUUCCUACUGUUCCAUGUUUUAGUUAAACUUUGCUUACGAAUCGACGCAGACGUGUUAUUAUCGUACCAGUUUUCAAUCAAAAUCGGAUCGGAUCCAAGAAUUCUUUUAGAAGAAUGAUGAUUCUGAUCAAGCGUUGUUCGAUUGGAAUUUAAACGUUUCGAACGCAAGUUUGGAUACUUGGGACGAAAGGAGAGGAAUGGAAUUUCCUAAUUUGCUGCAUCUUCUGAACAACGGGGAUGCUACGUUCUCGAUCGUUCCAACAAAACUUCCAAAGAAAAAUCGAUCCACGAAAAUUAACACGGUUGUGUUAAGUCUAGCACUUUCCCAUGCACGCGUCAUCAAUCUGAUUCUACUCGUUCUGGGCACCAGUUUAAACUUUUUGAUCAUUUUGGUAAUCGUUUGUGUACGUUCCGCGAGGACAUCCACGAAUCUCUACGUCAUCAGUCUAGCCUGCUCGAACAUGAUUAUAUUGAUCGAACCUCUGGAAGAAGUGUUGAAAUGGUUCUUCGACGUAAACAUGAAACUGAAUAUGGAUUACGUGUGUAUAAUCAGCUUCGACGUUUCCAUCAUCACGAUCGUGAUUUUGAAGUUCGUGCAGUACAUUGGCAUCUUUCGGGACCAAAUAUCGUUUGGCCACGUAUUAUUGAAGAAGUAUACAACCGUGAAAGGUAUUGCGUUGAUUUGGUCCUCGUGCAUCAUUUCGCUCGCUAUUUCCCUCCACAUAUACGAUUAUUUCGAGGAAGAUAUGCCGGAUAUUUACAUAUGCAUCACGAUCAUGUUCAUCACCAUGCCGUUGAUCAUAUCCGUAUGCAUAGACGCGCUGAUCAUUUACGAAUUGAAGAUAUUGAAAGAAAUGGAAGGAUCGUGGAGGAUGAAGGAGUUGAGGCAUUAUAUCAUGUUGGUGGUGGUCACAAUCGCUUUCAUCCUGAUACGAAUACCGUAUCGAUUGGCUAGAGCGAUCAAUUUCUUAGACCCUAAGGCAUCGUGCUGCACAGACGAUAAAAGAGAGGUGCUCUAUUUCAUGGCCAAGAUGUAUCCCUUCGUCUUCUCGUUCAUUUAUAUCUCGUUAUCGAACGAAUUUCACGAAAUCAUAAUGACGAUUCUAAAAAAGGGAUGUCGAAAAUGCUCUAAAGAAAUUCGAACAUCCUCCAAUGAUAAUAUAAUUGUAUGAUGUAUAUAAAAG